ACUUGACUCUGCGUGGUUAGAGUUGUAUGCUUGACCCGUGUCCGCCACCGCGGAUGGCGAGGGAUCUGAUCGGGCCGGCGCUACCGCCCGGCUUCAAGGCCCGCGGGACAGCGGAGGACGAGGAGCGAGACCCCAGCCCUGUUGCAGGGCCAGCUCUACCCCCUAAUUAUAAAAGCAGUAGCUCGGAGUCCUCAGACAGCGAUGAGGACAGUAGUUCAUUAUAUGAAGAAGAAAAUCAAGAAUCUGAAGAAGAUGACACCAGUCCAGUGGCAAGAAAACAGAGGAGAAAUCAAGAUGACGACGACGACGAUGAUGAUGAAGGGUUUUUUGGACCAGCUCUUCCUCCUGGAUUUAAAAAGCAGGAUGAUUCUCCUCCAAGGCCUAUAAUAGGUCCUGCACUACCACCUGGUUUUAUUAAAUCUACACAGAAAAGUGACAAAAGCAGAGAUGAUCCAGGACAACAAGUAUCAUCAUAUUUCAACUCUGAGGAAACAGAUAGCAGUGAAGAUGAGGACAUUGUUGGACCAAUGCCUGCAAAAGGACCAGUUAACUAUAGCGUCACGACAGAGUUUGAGAAAAGGGCCCAGCGAAUGAAAGAAAAACUGACCAAAGGAGACAAUGAUUCAUCUAAACCAAUGACAAGAGAAUCAUGGAUGACUGAGCUUCCUCCAGAAAUGAAAGACUUUGGUCUUGGGCCCAGAACUUUUAAGAGAAGAGCCGAUGACAGAUCUGGAGAUCGAUCAGUCUGGACAGACACCCCAGCAGACAGGGAGAAGCAAGCCAAGGAAACACAAGAAGCAAAGAAGUCAUUCAAUAAGAAGGAUGAAGAACAUAUACUGUCAGGAAGGGAAAAGAGAUUGGCUGAGCAGAUAUCCUCAUACAAUGAAUCAAAAAGAUCAGAAUCUCUUAUGGACAUUCAUCAUAAAAAAUUAAAGAAUAAGGCUGCUGAAGAGAAAAAUAAUCCCCAAGAAAGAAUACCAUUUGACCGUGAUAAAGAUCUCAAGGUUAAUCGGUUUGACGAAGCUCAGAAAAAAGCUCUGAUCAAGAAAUCUAGAGAACUAAACACCAGAUUUUCCCAUGGCAAAGGCAGUAUGUUUUUAUAAGGGGAUUUCCCUGUGCAAUGAAGAAAAGUUGAAGAAUACUCUUUUUAUCUGUCUAUCUAUCUUUAUCCCUUUGUUUUGAGUUCCUUAAGAUUAGAGGUGACUUUAGUCUUAAAAAGCAUACAAACUUACCUUGUGCUGUACGUCCUGUAAGUCCUGUGAAAACCUAAAGUCAGUAUUUCUUAUGUGGAAUAGAAUUUUAUGUGUCUUUGGCUUCUGAGGAAGUGUGGGCUUUUCUUCAAAUAAUUAUUUGGAGGACCCAUCUAUUCCUUAAUUUCUGUGGUGUCUCACAAGUAUCCUAUAAGAUCUGGUCAGGACUAUCCACUGAAUCUCCACCAGAGCUUAGACCUCCUCAUCAAAUAUUACUUGCCUGCCCUGGAGUAAGUGUGUCAGGUCCUUGUAGUCAAUCCAUGAAUUUGAAAUUGUUUGGGUUUCCCUCUAAACUGCAGCCUCUGAAUACACAUUUACGAAUAGAGGGCUUGGAGGUUUCAUCUGUUUUGUUCACAUUUUGCUUGUUUGGACAAUCAGGGCUUUUUAUUUGUUGCUUGGGCUUUUGUUUUGGUUGGUUGGUUGGUUGGUUUUUAAGUCAGAAAGAAGGGCCUCUGCAUUAUCUCAUGUGCUAAGGAAAAACUAUUUUGAUUUUUCCAACUUUAAUAAGUAUUUCUAGGGGAGGCAAUCUGAGGGACAAAAUAUGCCAUGAAGGGGCGCCUGGGUGGCUGAGUCGUUAAGUGGCUGCCUUCAGCUCGGGUCAUGAUCCCAGGGUCCUGGGAUCAAGCCCCUCAUCGGGCUCCCUGCUCAGCAGGAAGCCUGCUUCUCCCUCUCCCACUCCCCCUGCUUGUGUUCCCUCUCCCACUAUGUCUCUCUCUGUCAAAUAAAUAAAUAAAAUCUUUUUUAAAAAAAUAUGCCAUUAAGCAUUAGCAGUGUGAAGUCUAAGACUUGGUCUCCAUGGUCUCAGCCAAAGCUCUCUAAGUCUUUAAACUUUGCUGUGCAAUGAUCUUAUUUUACCCAUUUAUAUUUAACAGAUUUUAGCUCAUUUAUUGGGGACUGAUCUUUUAUAUCAGUCAUGAAUAGUCUUUUAAAAAAAUCAAGUUCAUAAUCCCUGAAUACAAAAAUAUAAAUGGAAACUCUAAUCAUAACCACCCUAAUGAGAGUAUGUAAGUUUGUAAUGCUUGAGGUAGUCUAUAAGAUGUUAAAUAGAACAUUCUAAACAGUUAAAGCCUAAAUUCGAAUUCUCUAAGUUAUGUUUUCUUACAGAGCCAUCCUAACUGUUCACUAGUUCUAUGUUGUAGUUUUGAUAAAGCAUGAGAGGUUUUGUUUUUUGUUUUCUGUGGGGAAAAAAGAACACAAAAUGAGAGACUAGGUGGAAAGUGUGAGGUUUUAAUGGAAAAACGUUCUGACUCCUAGUUCAUUUAGGCUUUAUGACAAUUGAGUGAACUGUUCAAAUUAUGGCACAAAUUAUUCUUUGCUUUUAUGAUACCAGCAUAAACAGUAGCCUACUCAAGGAG